AUGGCGGCGCUGAUGUACGGCUGCGAUCUGUCGCACGACGAUCAAUGGGGGCACCUCGCGUCCGACCCGUACCUGCGAUUCACCGCCUCCUCGGUGCCCAGCCAGCGCAAGGUCGCCAACGUUCAGAGCCUCGGCUUCGGCGCGCUCUUCGCUCCCACCCCUCCCGUCCCCGCCGCCGCCGCGUCUCCGCUCCUCUCACCCUCCGCUUCCACCCUCGCCUCCCCCGCCUCCGCCCCUCCCGCGUCCUCCCAACCGCCCCCCGUGGUGCGCCAUGCGCCUCUGCGCUGCGCGUUCUGCGGGGCGUGCGUGUGCCUCUACUCCGCCAUCGUCCCCGCCACCGGCGACUGGCGCUGCGCCCUGUGCGGGCGCCCCAACAUGAGCGGGGGGCACUACCUCCUGGCGGAGGGGGAGACGCUGGAGGGGUGGGCGGAGCUGGGGGCGCGGGUGGUGGACUACGUUGAGGUGGGGGGGGGGCGGGCGGACUGGGGGGAGCGGGAGUGGGGGGAAGCGCGUCGGAGGCGGUGCUGGGGGCGCCGGUGGUGGUGGUGGUGGAUGAGGGCAUGGACGACGGCAGCAUGGCCGGGGUCAGGGCCGCGCUCAUGUCCCUGCUGCAGCACCUGCCCUCCGCCACGCGCAUUGCCAUCAUCACCUUCGGCGCCUCUCUCUCUCUCUUCGACCUCUCCCCCUCCGCCUCUCCUCUGCUCGCCUCCGCCGACUGCUUCCCUGCCGCGCCCUCGCUGUCCGCGGCUGCGCUGGCGGCGCUGCUGCUGGGGCCGGCCACGUACCUCGCGCCCAUCGCCGCCUGCCUGCCCACCGCUCAGGCCAUCGUCACCUCGCUGCGCCCCUGCCGCGCCGCCACGCCCCCACUGGCGCGUGCGCGUGCCCUGGGCCCAGCGGUGGAGCUGGCGCUGGCGCUGCUGCGCGGCCCCGCGCCCGCGCUGCCGCGCUCUGCUUCCCCGCGCUGGGGCGGGCCGGCGCGCGUGCUGGUGCUGUGCGGAGGGCCCGCCACAGUGGGGGCGGGGGCGGUGCCGGAGGGCGUGGGGGGCGUGGGGGAGGGCGAGGUGCGGCAGCGCGAGGCGGCGGCGCGGCGGUACUACGAGGGGCUGGGGGGGGAGGCGCGGCGCAUGGACGCCGUGGUGGACGUGCUGGCGGCCGGCCCGCUGCUCGUGCGCACGCCCGCGCUGCUGCCCCUUGCGGCGCUGUCGGGGGGUGCCCUCGUGCUGCUGGACGACUUCUCCCCAGCGGCCUUCCCCGCGCUGCUGCUGCGCGCCAUCACGCGCGUUGUGGGCGGCAGGGGCAGCGUGGAGGUGCGCGCGUCGCCAGAGGUGGCGGUGACGCGCGUGAUCGGGCCCGCAGAGGCGGAGCAGGCGGGCGCGCGGCGGGGGGGCGGCGGCGAGGAGGGCUUUCCCGAGGACAGUGCGACGGGCGUGGCGCUGCUGGCCGUGGACGAGGAGGCGGCGCUCACCGUGUGCAUGGAGCUCACUGAUGACGUCAGCACAGACCACGUGUACUUCCAAUUCAUGUGCCGCUUCGUGGACCUCAACCAAUCACUGGUCACGCGGGUGGUGUCGGUGCGUCUGCCGGUGGCGGCCUCGCUGCCGGCGUACCUGGCGUCGGUGCACGAGCCCACGGCCGUGCUGCUCAUCGCCAAGCGCGUCGUGCUGGCCGCGCCCACGGCGCGCGAGGCGGGGGAGAUGCGCGCGUGGGUGGACGCGCGGGCGCGUGACCUGGCGCUCAAGUACGGCGGCGUGGCCCAGCACAACCGCUCCCUGCUGCAGUUCCCCCACCUCCUGCCCAGGGUGGCGGAGGCGCUGUACGCGCUGAGGCGCAGCCCGGUGCUGGGGACGCACGUGGCGGACGAGUGGGAGCGGCACGCGCUGAGGGGGCUGCUGCUGCGCGCGGGGGGGGAGGCGGCGCUGCGCAUGGUGCUGCCCUCGCUGCUCAUGUUCCGCGCCGGCCACGCCACCCAGUUCGUUGAAGUGCCGCCCGCUGACCUCGCGCUGACGUCAGAUGCCGCCCUUGUGUUGGACCAUGGCACGGACAUGCUCAUAUGGCUGGGCGCCCACCUGGCUCCGGACGAGCCCACUCGGCACGGCGUGGAGGCGGCGUGCCGGCAGCUGGCAGCGCAGCUCAUGGGCGGGCAGGGCGGCAGGGGGCGCUUCCCCACGCCGCGCGUGCUCUGCUUCACUGAAGGCACACCGGAAGCUGCCUUCAUGACCGCCCGCCUCACUCCCACUCACAAGGACCCUCUGGCCGUCCAGGAGCUGCUGUUCCCGCCGCUACGUGAGAUGCGGGCGGAGGAGCGAGCAGCGGUGCGCGCCAAGCUGCCGCCCUCCCCUGAGCCGGGCUUCACGGACUGGCUGCGCUCGCUCAAGCUCGCCCCUCCGCACCCCCCCGCGGCCGCGCCCUCCUGAUGCCAUGCCGUGUGGGAUGGCAUGGCCGUGCCUAUCACAUGUGUCACACAGUGUACUGCUCCAAUAAAAGCUCUGCUGUAUC